AUGUACUCGAAUAUACAAGCAGAGAUCCAUAAGAAAUUGGAACGUGAGAAAAACAUUAUUCAAGGGGCUUCGAACUUGAAAAAGAAAACUGAUAAUGCUAUGGUAGUUCAAAAAUGUAAUACUAAUAUCAGAGAAGCUCGUCAAAAUAUUGAAUAUUUGGAAGAUCAACUUCGUAAGAUAGAAAUUUCUGCGUCAAAGGCUCAAAAUAACAGUUCUUCAAGUAAAGAUCAGAAUAGAAUGUCUACUAUUAAUCAAAAUGAACAUGUUUUCUCAAGAUUGGAUUUAGUUAAAUAUGAUUGUCCAUCAUUGUCUCAGAGAAUAGAAUACAUGUUGCAACAAUUAGAAUUUAAGUUGCAAGUCGAAAGACAAUAUCAAGAAGCAAAUGCUAAGCUGACAAAGUUAUAUCAAAUUGAUGGUGAUACGAGAAGUAGUACGGCUGCUGAAGGUGGUGUUGUGGAAUCCAAGAACAGAAUUAAAUUAUUAACAAAAAUUUUGAAAAAAUAUCAGGCUAUUAACGUUGAUUUUACUCAAUUGGAAAGCUCAGAUGAUUUGAAUAAUGUGCAACCAAAAUUCAGAAGAAAGCAGCAAGUUGGUACAUUAAAUAUAGCUAUCUCCGCAAUCAGAGAUGUUGAUCAUAUCCAAUCACCAAUGUUUUCUAAAAAGCCAGAAUCAUAUAUUAUUAUUAAAAUUGAUGACGUGAUAAAGGCAAGAUCAAAGUUUACGAGAACUGACAGAUGGAAUGAUGUAUUUAAUAUUCCUGUUGAAAAGGGUAAUGAGGUAGAAAUAGUUAUUUAUGAUAAAAUGAACGAUACUAUUAUGCCAGUAGCAAUCAUGUGGUUUUUACUAUCAGAUAUAGUUGAAGAAAUACGUAAAAAGAAGGUUGAUCAUUCAAGUCAACAACAAGGUUGGGUCAAUGCCUCUAGAUUAAUGAGUGGUUCAGCAUCGAGUGGUACCCCAGCAGGUCAAUCUCGAUUACAAAUGGGCUCUAAUUCAAUAAAUUCAGAUAUUAAUGGCAGGAGUCCCUAUGGCAAUGACAACAGUAGCAGUACUGUAUCUGAAUCUGCAUCAGGGCCAGUAACAAUAGAUUCAUGGUUUGUUUUAGAACCAGCAGGUCAAGUUUUAGUCUCAUUAGGCUUUGAUAAAACGCAGCCAUUAGCUACCUCUGCAUUGGGUGGUUUACAUCGUCAAGGUGCUAUCAUUAAUAGAAAAGAAGAGGUUUUUGAACAGCACGGUCAUCAUUUUGUUCAAAAAUCAUUUUACAACAUUAUGUGCUGUGCAUACUGUGGUGAUUUUUUGCGAUACACAGGUUUUCAAUGUCAGGAUUGUAAAUUCCUAUGUCACAAGAAAUGUUACUCAAAUGUAGUAACAAAAUGUAUUGCAAAAUCAGACUUAGAUUCUGAUCCAGAUGAAGCUAAGUUAAAUCAUCAUAUUCCUCAUAGAUUUGAGCCGGCUUCUAAUCUUGGUACAAAGUGGUGUUGCCACUGUGGUUAUAUACUACCAUGGGGGAAACAUAAAGUUAGGAAAUGUUCGGAAUGUGGCAUUAUGUGUCACAGUCAAUGUGCACACUUAGUACCAGAUUUCUGUGGUAUGUCAAUGGAGAUGGCAAACACUAUAUUAAAAACUAUACAGGACACUAAACGUACUCAAGCACAAAGGAAAAAGCAAAUGUCAAUGAUGGGCUCUAAUGUUAAUGUGGAGAAAAAUAAAAACAGAGAUCAGAUUAAAAAGAUUGCUACUUCUCCGAUGAAACAAACAGGAAGACAAGAAGAUGAGUUAAGACAAUAUCGCACAAAUCCAUUGCCAGUUGCUCCAUAUUCUGCAACUAAACAAAAAACUAAUGACAGCUCAGCCUGGGAUGAAGCUUCGAAAUCUGCAUCUGGAUAUCCAAGUCUUCAAGGAAAUAUAUCCACUACGAAUAAUAAUGACACUUAUAAUAAUUUCACAGCUGAUGCUGGUAAUAACGUUUCACCUGACAUGAAGACGAAUAUGUUGAAGAACUUUACUCAACCUAAUAAUAACGAUCCAUAUCAUAACAACGGUGACCAAUGGCAAACCAAACAAGAAAGCAUUGCUGAAGAGAACAGAUUAUGGAAUCAACAGCGUAUUGAUAUGGAUAAUGAAUUGAAAUUAGACUCUCAACAACAUAGAAAAUCACAAAUUCAAGAAAUUAUACCAGAUAAUAUUAUGGACGAUAUAAAGGCAGGCACUAUUUCUUUAAAUACUGUUCAAGAUGAAGCAAUUAUGAAACCUAUUGAAAAAUCUUCGACUAAUUCGACCAAUCCGUUUAGAGAAAUGGACAAAGAAACAUUUAAUUCGGAAAAGAGAAUUUCAGCUGUUAAAGAUGAUGGUUCCGAAAUGACUUAUAGUCCAAAGAAUGCCAGUAUUACUGCUUCUCCACAAAAAUCAACAGCAAGUGGUAGACAUAAAAAGAAAGGUCCAAAACGUCGUAAAGUAUCGCUUGAUGAUUUCAUAUUACUAAAAGUUUUAGGUAAAGGUAAUUUUGGUAAAGUUUUGUUAUCUAAGUCUAAAAACACUGGCAGGGUUUGUGCAAUUAAAGUCUUAAAGAAAGAUCAUAUUAUUCAAAAUCAUGAUAUUGCCAGUGCAAGAGCCGAAAAGAAGGUCUUUUUACUAGCAACGAAAACAAAACAUCCAUUCUUAACUAACUUAUACUGUUCAUUCCAAACAGAAAAUCGUAUAUAUUUUGCUAUGGAAUUUAUUGGUGGUGGUGAUUUGAUGUGGCAUGUUCAAAAUGAUAGACUUUCAGUCAGAAGAGCUAAAAUAUAUGCAGCAGAAGUAUUAUUAGCAUUGAAAUAUUUCCAUGACAAUGGUGUUAUUUACCGUGAUUUGAAAUUAGAAAAUAUUUUGUUGACACCUGAAGGUCACAUCAAGAUUGCCGAUUAUGGUUUAUGUAAAGAUGAAAUGUGGUAUGGUAACACUACUUCUACAUUCUGUGGUACUCCUGAAUUCAUGGCACCAGAAAUUCUAAAAGAACAAGCCUACACUAGAGCUGUUGAUUGGUGGGCAUACGGUAUUUUAUUAUACCAAAUGUUAUUAUGUCAAUCUCCAUUCUCCGGUGAUGACGAAGAUGAGGUAUUUAACGCUAUUUUAAGCGAUGAACCAUUAUAUCCAAUAGAUAUGGCUGGAGAUAUUGUUCAAAUUUUCCAAGGUCUAUUAACUAAAGACCCUACAAAAAGAUUAGGUGCAGGUCCAAGAGAUGCUUUGGAAAUUAUGGAAGAACCAUUUUUCCACAAUAUUAAUUUUGAUGAUGUUAUUAACUUGAGGAUAGAACCUCCAUACAUACCAAAAAUUAGUUCACCAGAAGAUACAUCAUAUUUUGAACAAGAAUUCACGUCAGCUCCUCCAACAUUGACACCAUUGCCUUCUUUAUUGACAACGUCUCAACAAGAAGAAUUCCGUGGGUUUUCAUUCAUGCCUAAUGAUCUUGAACUCUAG